AUGCGUACCUGGGCAUCCAAGCAGAGUCGGAAGUCCCCAGUGAUUACCCGUGACUGUAGGGAACCUCGCGACGUGGUGUUUGAGACAGACCGCAUCGAAGGGAUUGAAAAUACUCCCAUGCGUCAUACCAACACUAAGCUUUCCCCGCGGUGGUUCGAUUCAACGACCGACAUCCCUACUUUGCUCUUGUUCCCUGGUACGGAUUCUGCCCACUACAGAUCCAAAGACUCAGUCCCGCUGCUCUUUGACUAUGCGGUCCAGUGCCAGACGGCCAUGAUCCCGGCAGAACGUGUCUGCAUGUGGGAGAUCCCGUUAGGACGGCCUAAAUGGGAGAUUCUUUCUCAGUUGAAGAACUGGGUAAUCUGUCUGCAGGAGGUCCCUAUCUAUGUCACCCGCAAGGACAUGAUCGACUCGCAACUUUUUGGUCAGUUGGGCGAGGAACAUAUCCAGCUGGUGGAUCCGUUGGACACGGCAACGCUGCAACGCUUCUGCGACUUGGUGGAAAGAUCAGAGGCCAGAGAAGGAUACCAAGCGCAAUUGUUUUCAAAGAAGCCCAAGGAUGUGAAAUCCUUUCAUGUUCGAGUGAAGGAAUGGAUGCGAAAUGCCAUAUGGGACUUGGUGCAGGCAGAACGGUUCGGGGAAGAAUGGGUGUUUGUCGAAUCCGAUCCAGAAAAUACCUUGCUGGAGCUCCAGACGAGAGACAAAGUCCCACGACAGCAAUCGAUCUCGAAAUUUAGCAACGAGGAAUUCCGGACGUUCUUUGCAGAAUUGGCCCAGCUUUUCCCUAAUGACCAACACCCCAAGGUGCAAGAGGUCUUGGCCUCAUUGCUAACAUUGCACCCCAGGAUCGUGUUUCGCCCCUAUAUCACAGAAUACUUGUUGCCUUUUGAAAUCCAUCGAGAUUCAAAGGGGGAAGAGGGCAGGGCAGGGGGGGGGGGGGGGGGUAUCAAAAAGUAG